UUUAUAAGCUUACACUACUGUACAAGUAGCGGGUUUUCUUCUAAAUAUAGUCAUAGAAAUGGAUAACUUUGUUGAAGAACUGAGACAAGAAAGGUGUCUGUCCACAGGAGAAACAGAGGAUGAGUCUGCAGCCAAUGUUCUGGUCCCAGAAAUUUAUUUGCCUUUACUGCCAAAACAUUUCAACCAUCCAACAAAUAUGGCUGUGAAAUCUUCAGAAUUUCAGAAGGUGAAAGAGGAUUGUUUAUGCUGUAUUCAAGAUGCUCUCUUACAAAGUCAGUGGCAGAGGGCUGCAGAAUUAAUGAUAAGCUACUUGGAAAUGCUGGAAAAUACAACUGCAGAAAAAAGGGUGACAGCUCAAGAGGAGAUCUGGAGAAUAGGAACUGAAAUCUUGCAGCAGCAUCCACAAAGUAAUAUAGAAGAGAUCAAUCAUUUUGCAGAUCGGAUGAAAAAUUUAGGAGUCAAAAGAUAUUUAAAGAUUUCUUUAGAGCAUGCCUUCCACCUUUUGUGCAGUGGAUUUCUGGAUGAAGCCUAUCAGAAUUUGAUCUUGGCUGAAAGUUGGCGAUAUGGAGAAGAAACUGUUGCUCAGGAAAAAGAGCUGAAACUCGUUCAAGCUUAUAAGGGAUUGAUAGGCUAUUAUAUGUGGUUAAAAAAGAAGACAGAGCUUUUGGAGCUGG